AUGAGGACCAGCAGCUUCUUGGUCCUGGUGGUGCUUUUCAUCCUUGGGACGCUGGCAGUAGAGGCAGCUGUCAAAGGAGUUUCUGCUAAAGGGCAAGGCACUGGCAAAGGUCGUGUUCCAUUGAAAGGACAAGAUCCCCUUAAAGGACAAGUUUCAGGAAAAGAUGUUGAACCAGUCAAAGGGAAAGGUCCAGUGAGAGGUCCAGGCUCCACUAAGUCUGGCUCCUGCCCCAACAUUCUGAUUCGCUGUGCCAUGCUUAAUCCCCCUAACCACUGCUUGAGUGAUACCCAGUGCCCAGGGACCAAGAAGUGCUGUGAGGGCUCUUGCGGGAAGAGGUGUAUGGAUCCCCAAUGA